AGUAGACAUCGCAAAUAAAAACAAACAAUAUUCAAUUUUUUUAUCAAAAUCCAAAUCAAUUUAAAAAUAUUGUGUGCUUCAAACAUAACUUCAUCCGAUUAUGGCCAAUCGUGGAUAUGUGUGGAUGCCGGUGCCGGAAUACAAAGAUCGGCAUGACUUACAAUGAGAUUGCGGCGUUGAUUUAAAUGGAAAACUUUGAAAACAACAAACAGGCCGAGUCUGGUGAUAACGACAGGAACGAAAACAACAACACAACUAACAGUUGCAUGCAACGACGAAUAAGACAAGCCCAGAAGGGAAACUCAAGCCCGAGUGAGACUAAACAAAAGUGAACCAGAAACUCAGUGCAGCACAAUGAACCGCACCGCCUCCGUUUCUCACAAUCAUCAUCAUCAUUCUGGCGGAAUGCUGGAUAACCGGCAAUCGGCCUAUGUAGAGCACACACACACAGGCUCAGGCUGCGGUUUGCCCGUGACCGAGUACGACCUCUCCGACAUGAGAUUCUCCAUCAAUCUGUGGAAGAACGACCCACCCGACUAUGUCGAUCUUAUAUGCAUGAUCCCGAAUGGUACCCUGCUUAUGAUGAAGGCUCCCUCGUCGACGACUAUACGGGAGAUCAAGGUAGAGGUCGUUAAGCUGGCAAAGCAGAACUGCCUGGGCUAUAUGAUCAAGGAUGCGUGCGACUAUCAGUUCUACGGAAUCUCUGUGUUCAACAUCGAACCCUACACGGACGAGACGAAGCGCCUGUGUGAAGUGCAGCCCUACUUUGGCAUACUCAGCCUGGGCGACCGCACCGAUGCCACCAGCUUCUCCAGCGACUAUGAACUAACCAAGAUGGUCAGCGGCAUGAUUGGCAGCUCAUUCGAUCAUCACCGGACCCAAGGCACGCCCGAGAUCGAUGACUUUCGACGCAGCAUGACAGACCUCUGCGAGAGCAUCGAGGUGGAGCGCUCCCAGUUCACGUGGCAGCAGCGCCUCCUCUAUGAGCACCCCCUAAGGCUGGCCGGCUCGGCGGAUAUGCCCGAGCUUAUACGUCAGCGUCAUCCGACAUCCGCCUUUCUGAUAGUGGUCAAGAACGAGAACGAUCAGAGCACGUUCACGCUGUCUGUCAUGGAGAAGGACACCCCACUCUCGCUGAUCGAGAGCACGCUGCAGAAGAUGAACCGAUCACAGAUGAAGAUGAACGAUCGCGCCGGCGACUAUAUACUGAAAGUAAGCGGUCGCGAUGAGUACCUGUUCGGGGAUCAUCCGCUGAUACAGUUCCUCUACAUACAAGAGGCGCUCUCGGACUCGGCGGUGCCCAAUGUGGUGCUGCAGUCGGUGAUCCGCCUCGAGUCUUACAUCAAUCACCACAACGAGCAGAGCAUGGGCCUGAAGCGAGCGCCCAAGAAGGAGCGACCCGUAGUGCUCCACAAGGCACCCACGUCGCUGUGGGACUUGGGAAACUACUUUCAGCUGACGCUGCACAGCAUCAGCAAUGUCAACUACGACAAGACACGGGCCUUCCGCGUGGGCGUGGAUGUGGGCCUCUAUCAUGGCGAGCACAAACUGUGCUCGCAGCGGUCCAUAGACGCACCCAAUGGCAGCUCGGACACGUUCCUCUUCAACGAUCAGAUCAUGGACUUUGAUAUACAGAUGCGCAACCUGCCGCGCAUGACGCGGCUUUGCAUCGUCAUAUUUGAGGUGACAAAGUUGUCGCGCUCCAAGAAGUCAUCCAACAACAAGGACAACGCCCAGAAGGACGUUUCAUACAACAAGAAUCAUUUGGCCUGGGUCAACACAACGCUCUUGGACUACAAGGAUCAUUUGCGAACUGGCCGACAGGUUCUAUACACGUGGACAUAUGCGGACGAUAUACAGUCGGACGAGGUGUUCCAUCCGCUGGGCACCAUCGAACCGAAUCCACGCAAGGAGGAGUGCGCCCUGGUGCACGUAACAUUCCACAGCAGUGGCGCCGAGUCCGUGCGCUAUCCCUGCGAGAAUACUGUCCUUCAAUAUGCAGCCGAUCGGGCAGUGGCCAGCCUCCGCGAGAAGCAACAGCAGCCGGCGGAGCCCGAGAAGCCUCUGAAAGACCUCAAGGAGUUGAUCGCCAACUACACCGGGCUGGACAAGAUCUAUGAGAUGGUGGACCAGGAUCGCAAUGCCAUAUGGGAGCGCAGGAAUGAUAUUCUGCGCGAAUUGCCAGAACAGCUGCCAAUACUGCUGCACUGCGUGUACUGGAAGGAGCGCGAUGAUGUGGCCGACAUCUGGUACCUCCUCAAGCGAUGGCCUCUCAUCUCGAUAGAGCGAUCACUGGAAUUGCUGGACUAUGCCUAUCCGGAUCCAGCUGUGCGUCGAUUUGCAAUCAAGUGUCUACAAAUUCUCAAGGAUGAUGAUCUGCUAUUAUAUCUGCUACAACUGGUGCAGGCCAUCAAGCACGAAUCGUAUCUGGAGAGUGAUCUGGUUGUGUUACUGCUGGAGCGAGCGCUGCGCAAUCAGCGUAUCGGCCACUACUUCUUCUGGCAUCUGCGAUCUGAGAUGCAAACGCCCUCAAUGCAAACGCGUUUCGGCCUCCUGCUGGAGGUCUAUCUGAAGGGCUGCAAGCAUCAUGUGGCGCCGCUGCGGAAACAGCUGCAGGUGCUGGAGAAGCUGAAGCAGGGCUCCGUUAUAGCCAAGAAGGGCAGCAAGGAGAAGGUGAAAACCAUGCUGCAGGACUUUCUAAGGGAUCAGCGGAACGCAGGCGUCUUCCAGAACAUACAGAACCCACUGAAUCCAAGUUUUCGCUGCAGUGGCGUCACGCCCGAUCAGUGCAAGGUGAUGGACAGUAAAAUGCGCCCGCUGUGGGUGGUGUUCGAGAACGCCGAUCUGAACUCUAACGAUGUGUACAUAAUAUUCAAAAAUGGCGAUGAUCUGCGCCAGGACAUGCUCACACUGCAGAUGCUGCGGGUGAUGGAUAAGUUGUGGAAACGAGACGGCAUGGACUUUCGCAUGAACAUCUACAACUGCAUCAGCAUGGAGCAACGACUGGGCAUGAUUGAGGUGGUGCGGCAUGCGGAGACGAUUGCCAAUAUCCAGAAGGAGAAGGGCAUGUUCUCGGCCACAUCGCCGUUCAAGAAAGGCUCGCUUUACAGUUGGCUCAAGGAGCACAACAAGCCCGCCGAUAAGCUGAACAAGGCUAUCAAUGAAUUUACGCUUAGCUGUGCCGGCUACUGUGUUGCCACCUAUGUACUGGGCGUGGCUGAUCGUCACUCAGACAACAUUAUGGUCAAGAGGAAUGGACAGCUCUUUCACAUCGAUUUUGGACACAUCUUGGGACACUUUAAGGAGAAGUUUGGUGUGCGCCGGGAGCGUGUACCUUUUGUGCUCACCCACGAUUUUGUGUACGUCAUCAACAAGGGCUGCAACGAUCGCGAGGCGAAAGAGUUUUGUCACUUUCAGGAAUUGUGCGAGCGCGCAUUUUUAACAUUACGCAAACACGGCUGCCUUAUCUUAUCGCUGUUCUCAAUGAUGAUUUCAACGGGACUACCGGAAUUGUCCUCCGAGAAGGAUUUGAACUAUCUACGCGAAACUUUGGUGCUGGACUAUACGGAGGAAAAAGCACGCGAACAUUUCCGGGCGAAAUUCAGCGAAGCUUUGGCGAACUCCUGGAAAACUUCCCUCAAUUGGGCCUCUCACAAUUUCUCCAAGAACAACAAACAGUAGACAGUAGACACAGUCGGUAUAUCAAAUCAACAAAAUGCAACAAGCAACGCACGUCUACACGAUCGUUGUGUGUUUACAAAACACUAUCUCUCACCCAAAAAGAAGCGAAGCAAUGAAAAGAUUCACUCUGAAUUGUUUCUGCUUAUAUUUACAUUGGUACUGCCUCCGCAACAGGUGGUUGGGCGGGCGAGUAUCCAUAAAAUGCAUAAAACCAAGUUCAAAACUACAUAUGUAUGUGUUCACUAUGUUAGGCCGACAAAAAACCCACACACACACAAAAACACACACACCCCCAUAUAAAUAUAUACAUAUAUGUUAUUCUAUUGAUACAACUCACUCCCACAAGUGCUCCAAUAUAGUUUACUGUACUGUUUACUUAUUUAAAUGACGGUCUCUUCGAUUUCCCUGA